UGGGGUAUAAAUUCAUACAUUGAGGUGAGUAGGAGUACUAAUAUAAAACAUCAUCAUGUGGUCUAACAUGAAAGAAUACACCGAGCUAAAAAUGACACGGUAUCCAUUUUACAACAAAAAAGGAAUAAUUGUAGAGACCACAGGAGGUUUAAUAAUACCUCACCGAGAUAGAACAAUGUUGACAAUUUCAGCUGCUACGAAAGUUCUUCCUAUUGGUUAUCGCAGAAAUACAUAAGCAACAAAUACAAAAACUUAUUUUUCAUUUCGGAAAAAGAAGUGCUUAUUUUCAAACAAUCUUCCUUCAACGUAAAAACAAUUCUGAAGUAAGAGCCAUUUCACAUUUACAAACCCUGCUGUGAGAGAAGGUGUAAGACAUGAAAAAUUCUCUUUUCUUUUGUUUUAUCUCAACUAUUUUGCUUGGAUCUAGCCCUUCUAGCUUGACGCUGUUCAGCUCUUUCACACUCGAACAUAGACUCUUUCUAGGAAAGACAUUUGGGUCGAUUUUCACUUCCGACUGGCUUCAGUGUUUACAAUCUUGCGCUGAAAACACAAGAUGUUUAUCAUACAGCUUUGAUAAGCAGGCUUUAGGUGAAAACUGUUUUUUACAUGAAUGUGGUUUUCUCGACGAAUGCGCUGCUCUCGAUACGCUCAUCUUUGCCAGGGAGUCUGUUUUUCAUCAGUUGCAGCCUGUAACGGUUUGUAUUCAUUUUAAAAAUAAGGUAGAAUCAUCAUUAUAUAAUUAUUCAUUUUAGAAUGAUAAAUGUUGUCAGGUUCUACUCGACUAUCUGCCUUUGUCACUAUCAGUAAAUUCUCUCUAUCUCCCUUAGAAGAUAAUUUUAUGCUAAGGUACAGGUUACGAUAUCUAGGUUGAUUAUGCUUAUUUAUUUUUGUUUAUUUUAAUUACCAUUUUAUGUAAUUUAAUUAUUGAUGUUCAUUAUUUUCCGACAGAAUCAAUCACAACAAAGGAAUUGCCGUUGGGCAGAUUAUAGUAAGUAUUAAGGAAAAUUAAGACAUUUCCGGUCAGACGAGUCUUGGUGUCUGUGUAUAUUAGAUCAAACUAAGCCUUUAAAACUUAUGAGUUGAAAAUAUUUACUCCACUCAACUGACUCAACCCUUUGACAAUCUGCCGCUGUGACAAGGCCUAAUGGCCGAGCGCUCAUGGCAUGCUUAAAAAGCCGAGUUUGUCGGUGAACUUAGGAUGAAAUAAAUAUUAAGGAUGAAGCAAAUAUAAAUAUAGUCAGGGGUGUAGUUGUAGAUCAAUUUUAUACUUAGUGCGAAUUUUAUUUUUGUUGUUUAUUUUUUGGUGUGGUAAUGAAUGAUAACAAAUUUCAAAAAGGAGGAAAUCAUAACAUAUACUUUCUUUAAUCAAUGAUGAAUCAAAAUUUAUGCAGAACUCGACAUUAGAAAUGGCCUUAAUGGAAUAGAAAAGGAAUUUAAAAUUCGUGCCAAUACCUUUUUAUUUUACCCCACCAAGAGCCUUGCAUAAUAUUUUGCAUGAAAAUAAUGGUAAUGCUAAGAAUAAGUCUAGUCAGUGAUCAUCAUCAUCGUCAUCAUCAUCAUUGUCAUCAUCACUGACACUGAUCAUUAUCAUGCCUAGCUUAUGGAAGUGACAAGUAUAACUUUAAAUGAUGCAAUAUCGUUCGUUUUUGCCUUUGUAUUAUUAUCAUUAUCAUAAUUAUUUGUUUUAUCUAUGUCAGACCAACCUAUUCCCGAAGCUGCAUUUGAAAUACAAGGUACCGAUGUAUGUGAAAGAAGUUGGAUUGAUGGACGCAGCCAAGGUGAGAAAAAAAACCGUUUUACCCUUUUUCAGGUUUACAUGUUAUGACUUUAAGUUUAUUUUUUCUUCUUUACAAACCAUCUUUAAGGCCCUUCCUACAUUCCGUUCUACGUACAUGGGUCAUGUAGCAGCUGCUCGGAAGAGAAGUCACCAAUGGUGUGUUUCCCUAACCCCAAACAAUACUUGGGUCACGUUCAUUGCCUAAUUCCAAGGCCUAAACAUUUUUGCCGCGCAGUCUAUAUUUAUCGGAUGGUCACGUGAUGAAUUUUGUAGGUCUUGAUUACGUCGCUGAACCGAACUGACUGCAAGGGCCUGGGAGAGCCGUAUAGGAGCGAGGCAACGUAUCAUAGAUAGUAUAUUUUGCACCAUAAUAGGAGAAGAUGUCAGAAUAUCAAAAGGACUUAUGAAAUCAUUUUGUACGUUUUCUUGUAACAGCUUUAGGACGAGAAAGACACUCAGCUGAUGUUUGUGGAAACAAACCUGUUUUGCUGGAUAAAUGCUUACUUGAAGACAGAGGAAGAAUCCAUCUGACAUCGGUGAAGUACAUGGAAUGCAACUGCUCGUGUAUAGAUUGUAGUGACGAAGGAGCAGUGCUUUGUCCCCAGUCGAAAGUAUAUAAA